GGCCCGGGGUUCUUUUGACCCCGCUCCCGACACAAUCGGAGCCUCACUGAGCGCAGGAGCCGCCGCCGCCAGACUCGCCAUGGCUCCCGCGGAGAUCCUCAGCGGAAAGACCGUGUCCGCGCAAGUAAGGCAGAGACUGAAGAACCAGGUAGCAGAGAUGAAGGAGACAGUCCCGGGUUUCAGGCCAGGCCUCGCAAUUCUGCAGGUUGGUGAUCGGGAUGAUUCAAACCUCUACAUUAGCAUGAAACUAAAGGCUGCUGCUGAGAUCGGAAUCAAUGCUAGUCAUAUCAAGCUGCCGAACACCGCAACAGAAGCUGAGGUACUGAGGUGUAUUAACCGCCUGAACGAGGACCCUGCUGUUCAUGGCUUCAUUGUCCAGCUACCUCUGGAUUCCAACAAGCCCAUCAACACUGAGAAAGUAACGAAUGCUGUGUCACCCGAGAAGGAUGUGGAUGGCUUGAGCAGCAUCAAUGCGGGAAAGCUCUCACGGGGGGACCUUGGGGACUGCUUCAUCCCAUGUACCCCGAAAGGAUGCAUGGAACUUAUCAGGCAGACAGGUGUGGAAGUGGCAGGAAAAAAGGCUGUGGUUAUUGGGCGCAGCAAGAUCGUCGGGGCUCCAAUGCACGACCUGCUGCUCUGGAACCAUGCGACGGUGACCACGUGCCACUCCAAGACCACAUCACUGGCUGAGGAGGUCAGCAAAGCUGAUAUCUUGGUGGUGGCAGCGGGCAAAGCUGAAAUGGUGCAGGGUGAAUGGAUUAAGCCAGGGGCAGUGGUGAUCGACUGUGGAAUCAACCAUGUACCAGACAGCACAAGGCCCAGUGGGAAGAGGGUUGUCGGGGACGUUGCUUACAGUGCCGCACGAGAGAGAGCGGCUUACAUCACCCCUGUGCCAGGCGGUGUUGGGCCAAUGACGGUCGCCAUGCUGAUGCAAAGUACAGUAGAAAGCGCCCAACGUUUUCUAGAGAAAUACCAGCCCGGCAAAUGGAAUAUUCAGUAUAACCAGCUCAGUCCUAGAACGCCUGUUCCAAGCGAUAUUGAAAUAUCACGGUCGUGCAUUCCCAAGGCUAUUGGCGAGCUGGCCCAAGAGAUCGGCUUGAUCUCGGAUGAGGUGGAGUUCUAUGGUCAACAGAAAGCCAAAAUUUCCCUGUCAACACUGAAGCGCCUCCAAGACCAACCAAAUGGCAAAUACGUUGUGGUAACCGGUAUAACGCCCACCCCGCUGGGAGAGGGGAAAAGCACCACGACAAUAGGGCUAGUGCAAGCCCUGGGGUCACACCUCGGUCAGAACGCCUUCGCUUGUGUCCGGCAGCCUUCACAGGGACCCACCUUUGGAAUUAAAGGUGGUGCUGCUGGAGGUGGCUAUUCUCAGGUGGUCCCUAUGGAAGAGUUCAAUCUCCACCUCACGGGGGACAUCCAUGCCAUUACGGCAGCCAACAACCUGGUUGCUGCUGCUAUUGAUGCGCGCAUCUUCCACGAGGCGACACAGACCGAUCAGGCUCUCUAUUCCCGCCUGGUCCCUUCAGUGGAUGGCACAAGGAAGUUCUCCGACAUCCAGCUCCAGAGACUUCAGAGAUUACAUAUUAUGAAGACGGACCCAGGGGCUUUGACAGAUGAAGAGAUAAACAGAUUUGUGAGAUUGGAUAUUGAUCCGGACAGCAUAACAUGGCAAAGAGUGUUGGACACAAAUGACAGAUUCCUGCGAAAAGUCACAAUCGGACAGUCUCUGACUGAGAAGGGGUUCUCACGCACAACCCAGUUCGACAUCACGGUAGCCAGUGAGAUCAUGGCUGUCUUGGCGCUCACGGACAGUCUGGAGAACAUGAGGCAGCGUCUGGGGAGAAUGGUUGUUGCCUCCAGUAAGCACGGCGUUCCGAUUACUACAGAAGACCUGGGAGUGAGUGGCGCCCUGGCGGUGUUGAUGAAAGAUGCGAUUAAGCCAAAUCUCAUGCAGACUUUGGAGGGCAAUCCCGUGUUUGUCCAUGCCGGCCCGUUUGCCAACAUUGCUCAUGGCAACUCAUCUGUCCUGGCAGACAAAAUAGCUCUGAAACUCGUUGGCAGAGAAGGAUUUGUUGUGACGGAAGCCGGCUUUGGGGCUGAUAUCGGCAUGGAGAAGUUCUUUGACAUCAAGUGUCGGUAUUCUGGCCUGCAGCCCCACGUGGUGGUGUUGGUUGCCACUGUCCGAGCAUUGAAGAUGCAUGGCGGGGGCCCCACGGUCACAGCUGGCGUUCCUUUGCCAAGAGAAUACACCGAAGAGAACCUCCUGCUUUUGGAGAAGGGCUGCAGUAAUUUGAUGAAGCAAAUUCAGAAUGCCAGGACCUUUGGCAUCCCGGUUGUUGUGGCCGUCAAUGCAUUCAAAUCUGACACGGAGGCAGAACUCGAGCUGGUCAUCCGGCUGGCUAAGGCGGGAGGCGCGUUCGAUGCUGUCAAGUGCACCCACUGGGCAGAGGGCGGGAAAGGAGCCGUGAUGCUGGCAGAGGCCGUGCGCAGAGCAUCGCAGGCCCCGAGCAGCUUCAGGUUCUUGUACAAUGUGGAGCAACCAAUUCUAAAUAAGAUCAGAAUUAUCGCACAGACUAUUUAUGGGGCUGAUGACAUUGAGCUGCUGCCAGAAGCAGAGCAGAAAAUUAUCCUGUACACCAAGCAGGGAUUUGGAAACCUUCCUAUCUGCAUGGCAAAAACACACCUGUCGUUGUCUCAUGACCCAGAACGCAAAGGAGUGCCCACAGGCUUCGUCAUGCCCAUCAGGGAUAUCCGAGCCAGCGUGGGUGCGGGAUUUCUGUAUCCAUUAGUAGGAACGAUGAGCACAAUGCCGGGCCUUCCCACCAGGCCUUGCUUCUAUGACAUCGACCUGGACCCGGUGACUGGAGAGGUGAUUGGCCUGUUCUAAAACGAGCCGACCAUCGAAAGCUAUCCCAGCAAUGUCACUUCGAUGAUGCCUCAACCAGAUAACUCAGUGGACCACUAAAAGCCUCUGGAAAAGACUUAAUCUCCUGUGUUUUUAAAGAAUCUUUAAUACUGUAUUUUUAAUAAAUAACCUACUUUUUUAGUCACUGCACAUGGAAAUCUGUAUUUUGCAGUUUUAAAGAUGGAAGAUUUUAGAAAUAUGUUUACAGCACAGUCUUACACUAGUCUCUCAAACAAAAAGACAAGGAUUUUAACUAGAGUUGUACUAUCUGAUUAAAUAAAUUUUAAUUGAUUAAA